AUGGCUGAAACACCUCCUAUUCUUGUUGGUAUUACAAAAGAACAGUUUGCUGGAGUAUUACAGUUUGAACCUAAUAUUGAAGAUGGAUACGAUUAUGUUGUUAAUGAUGAAGUUCGUAAAAGAAUGCUUAUUUAUGUAGUUAUUUCUGCAUUAUGUCCUCCAUUCUUUUUUUAUAUUCAACGAAUAUAUAGUAAGAGUGAAGAUCCAGUAAUACAUAAUCGUUAUAAAUUGUGUUUAAAUAUUUUUGCAUUUGAGACAUGUUGUUUAGUAAUAAUUGGUGUAGUCUUGUUUUCUUGGUGGUUUCAUGAUGCGUUAGAAUAA